GUUCAUUUGGCCUGCCGAUGCGGUGCCAUUACUGAAGUACUGACCAGUGACAUCGCGUUCCUGUGUUGCACAAACUUUGGACUCAAACCACGCCAUUCACUUUCCAUGGCGCCGUCCACCCUUUCAGCUGAGGAUUUGCUACGAUCAGCCACGCAAGGAUUUGAUCACCUCUUUGCAAAUGAUAUCGAUGCAGCCCAGAAAGUGUUUGAAUCCGAGGACGCUCCUUUUCACUUGUUAGGACUUGGCGUCGUUGCAUUCUUGCAAGCAGCCCUUGGUAUGGAGACAGGUCUAAUGGACGAAGCUACUCGCUGCCUUACAGCAUCGGAAGCAGGCGCUAAGAAGCAAGCACGAGCGGCAAAAUCAUUACCCUCUAACCAUCGAUUCGACGCUGGAAUGGAGUGGGAAGUCAUGCAUGCUGAUGCUGUCGUUCUGCUUGGCUUGACUCAUGCGCUGAGCGAGUCAUACCGUGGCUACUUGCAAUGUUUAUAUGAACUUAACAGUGCCCACUCCAAAUUUAAUAAACUUUUCAAGACUGUUUACCCGAAUGGUCUCCAGUCCUACGCAACUCCAGCGACAACCCCUCUGCCAUCGCGUAGAGGCUCUGCUGGAAGCCUGCGUUCUUCAGUAAUACAAUCCAACCCAACUACGGUGCCUAAGUCAGGUUUCUUCGGCAGGUGGUUCGCUCCAUCGACUUCAGUCGCCGCCCCAGGGACAAUCACAAAUCCGCCAAGCGGGCCUGUCGAGGAACUCGUAUUGUCGGGAACCGCGUUUGGAUAUGGGUUGUUCAACCUGGUGCUUUCUCUCCUACCUGCAAAGAUUAGAAAUGUGGUCGGCUUUUUUGGCUUCAAUCACGAUCGCAUGCUAGCUCUACAGGCCCUCGCCGUUUCUGCCGCAAGGAGUGAUAUUCAUUCCGUGUUUGCUGGGUUGGUUCUAAUGACUUACCACGGAGUCGUUCUUCUUCUUUCUGGGUACCAGGCCGACGAGGCGCACAUUAUAAAGCAGUACAAGGCGAUUGUAUCAAGAGUAGAUGGUCGAUACCCUGAUGGUUCCUUGUGGAUCCUGAAUAAGGCAAAGAUACAGCGCAUGACACACGAUACCGAAGGCGCGAUCGAGACCUUGAAGGAUGGCUUGAAGCCUGAGAGGAAAAAGUCUUUUCCCCAGGCUGACACAUUGCUCACAUUUGAGUUAGCCUGGACGCUCCUUUCGCAUCGUCGUUACGAAGAAACUGCAAAGCAAUUUUUGGACAUCACUAGAUUGAAUAGCUGUCACGCGACGUACUACUUUAUUGCGGCUGGCUGCUACUUCUCGUUGGAACAUUACGAUAGAGCUCAAGAGCUUUUGGACAAAAUUCCCGGCCAGCUCGACAAACGGAAGCUUUCGGGUAGAGAGAUGCCCACAGAAACCUUCAUUAAGAAAAAAUUGGCUUUCUACAAGAGAAAGCAAGCUCGCCUCGGAGGAGAUCAGAAUCGAUUUGUAGAGGCUAUUAAGAUCAGUCCCGCAGAAGAGAUUGCCAUUUUCUGGAAUACCCACGCACGUAUUGAGAGCUCCGUCGCCAUAGCGCAUAUCCAAGAGUGGUCCUCGCUGACCCCAGCUAUCACUGACAUCGAGAGCAAGUAUCUGGUGAAACCAGUUCCGACGACCGCAAUAGAUGACCUCGAUACUGUUGACGAGCUUGCCAUACGCUCGCUGCUCCUCGGCAUCGUCCACCGCACUCUUACCGAGUAUGCGCCUGCGCGCGCAUUCCUCCUCGAUGCCUCAAAGAAAUCCCCUGAUGUCGAGAUCAGCUCAUGGGUCGGGGGCGUCUCUGCCUUCGAACUCGCCGUGCUCGAUUUGAAAGAGGCAGAUAUGAAGGCUGCGGACAUGAAGCAGGAUGAAGCGAUGACGAUGUGGGAAGGCGUGCUCACGGGGGCCAGCGAGAAACUAGAUCAAGCAUAUGCGCUGUCCACAAAGCAGACGGACCUGUCCUCGAGGCUUGAUAGCCGAAUUGUCAUGCUCCGGGAUGAGAUUGCUGACAAGCGCCAAUUGCUGGGACUUCCUGCAUGAUAUAGUAUCAAAAUGGGGACUUGAUUUGGCACUCCUGGGCAGGAUAAUUGCAGGACCUGUUGUACCAUACGCAUACACCAUUAUUUUAUGAUA